GCCCCUCUCCUCCUUCAAACCCUCUUCUCUCCUUUCUACUCUCUCUUCUUCCCUCUCUUUGCCUUGAAAGUAAAAAAAGUCUCAGAGCCAUGGACCAACACAAGACCAAAAAACCUUUAAAACUCCUCUGUAGCUAUGGCGGGAAAAUCCUCCCUCGUCACACCGACGGUAAUCUCCGUUACGUCGGUGGCCUUACUCGUGUUCUUGCCGUCGAUGCCUCCAUUUCCUUUGCAGAGCUAAUGGUGAAACUCGCGGAGUUCUGUGGCUACUCUGUGGAUUUGAGGUGUCAAUUGCCGGAUGGAGAUUUGGAGACCUUGAUUUCGGUCAAGUCCGACGAGGAGUUAGCUAAUAUCAUCGAAGAGUACGAUCGAGCUUCUUCUUCGUCUCGUCCUCUAAAGAUCAGAGCCAUUCUCUCGCCGCCGAAAUCGCUGAAGCAAAUCUCGCCUCCUAUGUCUAUGGCUACGAGCGGCGGCGAUUUGUCCCCUUCGAAAUCGCUCUUAUCGUUCACCGAUUCGCCUCCGAAACGGUAUGUUUCGCCUCUGAAAGGGUAUGUUUCGCCUCCGAAACGGUACGCUUCGCCGCCGAUUGUACAUCCCGGGCCAGUCAGGUUUCAGAAAGGGUCCGGACGUGCUUGCUACUAUCCUUGCCAUGUCCAGAGCAACCCCAGCGACAUGUCGGAUAUUCCUCAUCAUCAUCAUCACCAUCAACAUCGUCAUCAACACGUUCCUCACUGCAAUGACUGGCGUUGAGAUUCGAAGCCCUAACUUCUAGGAGCUUCACACAAAGAAUAUCGCUGAUGACGGAAAAAAUUUAAUCAAAAACUUAAAAAACAAAAUAGAAAACAUAUAAGGGUGAAAUUUUGUGAUUGGUGUGUGAAAUGAAGGAUUUUCCUUUUUUCCUUUUAUUUUUUCAUUUUUUUUCGAGGUGGUAUAAUGACAAAAAUUCAUUGCUUGAAUUUGUGUCGCCGUGAAUUCUGGUGCAACUUUUAUCGUUCGGGAUUCCGUUAGUCGCCGUUAAGCCAGCACUGUCCACUGUCCAGCAUGCGUGCCACGUAACGUAAAUAGGUCUGUCACUGCUCACUAUGGGACAAAAUAUUCCAACUAAACUCGGUUCGUCGUUGACACGUACCGUUUCUGUUACACCUGUGUCAUUAACUCUUGUUGGUCGUAUUGUUAUUAGUAAUUUUGUGCUAAUGAUUUUUUUAAUUUUCUUAUGUUGGCAGGUGGUGGUUGCAUUUGGCAUCAGAAUUAGAUGCCGUUUUGGAUGGGGCCCGCGAGGAAUAUUUUAAGAUAAAACGCUUAUGCGUUGAACUUUUGGACCUCUUCCCACUAGACUUAUAAAAAGUCUUAAAAGGCCGCCAGCUUGGUCUGAAAUAAAGGAAAAAAAAAUUGAAGACGAAUUAUUAUGGCCUUAAAAAUAGAAUUAAUAAUUAAUUAUGAGAUGUACCUUCCCAGUGGCUACCUGCUAGUAAAACAAAGAAUAGACCAGAAGAAGGACGAAUAUUUUCUCCCUUGCCUUGCCCUCAGGGUGGGCCAGUUGGUGCCUGAUGGAUCAUCCUAAGAAGUAAGGAGGAAUGACUUUUAUGAAGGGCAAACUUUGAAUGCUUCUUAGACAAGUCUCGAUCUAAACCAAUAAAUUUAUUAGUUGAAUUGAAGCAACCUUUGAGGGGCUUCUAGAGCCGAAGCUUACUUAGCUUCGUAAUCACUAAAUUAAGACAAGUU